AUUCUUGUCUAUCUGGGUAGUUCCGCUCACAAAAUUGGACCCUAUAUAAAUACCAAAUACGGAGCACCAUCGCCCCAAGUCAUUCGAAACAGCCACCCCUUCAUUUUCAGAUUCUCUCCGUCCGUCUUCCUCACAGAAAUCAAUGGGGCUCCGUAAAAUGUUAGUUAAACGUCUCUUUGACAGUAGCAGAGUGACGUCACCUUCUUUAACACUACAACAGUCUCCGUUAUCCUCUCCCUCGCCGCGAGCCCUGGUGGUGCCACCAAAUGCCGCCAAAACAAGCUUUCAUAGAGAAUACCUGACGUCGUCGGACUCCUCCGACAAAGGCUUUUUCAGGAGAUUUCUCCACCGGAAGGCUCUGGACGAGUCCGCCACUAGGCUACCGGACUUCUUUUCCUUACAGUUAGGAGAGAACCUCCGUGACAAACUCAGAGGCAUCAACAUUCCCGGAGGUCGCAUCCGUCUAGACGAUCUCAGUCCUCCGGCGCCGGACCCUGCCGUUUCUGAAAAUUUUCGGAGGUUGUCGGUCGACGAUGCCAGGAAGAUUCUGAGGCUUUCUCAAGUGGAGAAGCUGAAAGAGAAACUCAGAGAUAUGCCGCAGAGUUCGAUUUCGCUCAGUGAGUUCGUUCGGAUCUGCGUUGAAAACUGUGAGAAUGAAGAUCAAGGUGCCGAAUAUGCCAAGAUGCUGGAUUUGUCCGGUAACGUCAUCGUCCUAGGAAACAUCGUGUUUCUCCGGCCGGAACAGGUAGCUAAAUCUAUGGAGAAGAUAAUUUCUCAAACUAUCACCACGAACGACCCGAGAAAGAAGGAACUAGAGCAGUUGGAGAAGCAAAAGAUAGUAAUCGACCAGAAAGCGAGAGAGUUGGUCCAAAGAGAACUAUACUGUGGGUUGGGCUUUGUUUUAAUCCAAACGCUAGCUGCUAUGAGGCUCACCUUCUGGGAGCUGAGUUGGGAUGUGAUGGAGCCCAUAUGCUUUUUUGUCACCUCGCUACAUUUCGCUCUCGGCUACGCAUUCUUUCUUCGGACUUCAUCAGAACCCACGUUCCAAGGCUAUUUCCAUCGUCGUUUUAAGUCCAAGCAAAAGCAGCUGAUGCAGACCCACAAGUUUGACGUGGUAAAGUACACGCAGCUUCGCAAAGCCUUUUACCCGAACGGCUCAGGAUUUACCAGUUCUGAUCUCGUUUCACCUUUCAAUCAAGAAGGGUCGCUUCUCGGUUCUUUUCAUCGUUGAAAAAACAGGGUUCGGUACAAAUUUGAGAGAAAAAAAAAUAAUAAUAAUAAUAGUUAGCAAAAUUUUGACUUCAAAAAAAAAAAAAAACAAAACAAAACAAAAAGGUGACUUGCAAAUUGAAAUGCGUUAAAAGACUUUGCCUUAAAUGGAAUAGCGAUGGUCAUCGGAUAUCUGUUUUUUACUAGUGUUAUCCGAUUGAAGGGAUUCCGUAUAUAGUAGUAACUUUUGCCUGGGCUGGAGUUGAAUUUCACGGGCAAGAAUUGGCCUUCAAAUUCAGCCAUGAAUGAACUAUGACAUGGCCUUUAGAUCUUUGGUACAAUAGAUACUUUUCAUUAUUAUUUUUUUUUUUCUGUACAGUCCUAGCGAAGAAAAAUGAGCCUUUGUUAUGUUACCUCUCUAAUUGUCAACAGUAGCUCUUUUUCCUCGGUACUUAAAUUUAAAUUAUAUAACAUAAUAAUCAUUAUUACA